CCAAAUCCAUUCUCACGUCACGGCACGGCACAGCAGCAUUCAACCUUGUACUCAAAUCCAAGUAACGAUCAUUACAGACAGUUACCACCUUAACAUGCAAUAUCAUCUCUGUCUAAAGCAAAAGCUGCCAUUUCUCACUCUCUCAGUCCAUCAUAUUCGCCCAUUCGGGUGUAACAGAUAGAUAAAAAAAGGUAUUUUGCUAAAAGGGAGGAGGAGGAGGAGAAAAAAUUAUUCGUCCAAGUUUCAAGUAAUCAUGCAGAUAAAAUAAUGAAUGGGAAAAGAAAUUUUACUACAAGUGAUUAGUAAUGUUGACUAAUAGUUAGAUUAUCGACGGAGAAUACUCGUUAACAAAUUUGAUGAUAUUGGGAAAGAAACCGAAAAGUAAACAAGGGGAAAAAUAAAAAUAAAAGUUACUAGAAAAGGGAACGCAGUGCUGGAUUGAGUCAAAGGGGCGAAGAAAGAGUGAAGCAGUAAAUCUAUGAUCUAGCUAUCUACAUGGGUGGUGGAGGAACACUCGUGGAAGGGAUUCGACGCUUGUUUCAACGACGCGCUUCUUCUUCUUCUUCUUCUGACCAUCACGACCACAACAAUGUCAAUGCCAAUAAUAGUCUCGUCUUAGUGAGAGAUUUGCGCGCGCAAUUGGCUUCAAUUCCAAACACGCUUCACCCCGAUUCCGAUUCCGAUUUCGAUUUCGAUUUCUCUACCUUGAAGCCCAUCAAAGUUCCCUCACAAAUCCCCUUCAGACCCUCUUCCAUGGAUCAUCACAAAAAGGGUGCACCAGAGACAGAGUUUUUUACCGAGUAUGGAGAGGCAAGUCAAUAUCAGAUCCAAGAGGUUGUUGGAAAAGGAAGUUAUGGUGUUGUGGGUUCUGCCAUUGAUACUCACACAGGUGAAAAGGUUGCAAUCAAGAAAAUCAAUGAUGUUUUUGAGCAUGUAUCUGAUGCCACGCGGAUCCUUAGAGAAAUUAAGCUCUUGCGGUUGCUUAGGCAUCCUGAUAUCGUGGAAAUUAAGCAUAUUAUGCUUCCUCCUUCACGGAGAGAGUUCAGGGAUAUCUAUGUUGUGUUUGAGUUGAUGGAAUCUGACCUCCAUCAAGUAAUCAAGGCAAAUGACGAUCUUACUCCUGAGCACCAUCAGUUUUUCUUGUACCAACUUCUUAGGGGCCUGAAAUAUAUACAUACAGCAAAUGUGUUUCAUCGUGAUUUGAAGCCAAAAAACAUUCUUGCUAACGCUGAUUGCAAACUAAAAAUAUGUGAUUUUGGGCUUGCUCGAGUUUCAUUUAAUGAUGCUCCAUCAGCUAUAUUCUGGACUGACUAUGUUGCAACUCGGUGGUACCGUGCACCUGAAUUAUGUGGUUCUUUUUUCUCAAAAUACACCCCUGCAAUUGAUAUUUGGAGCAUUGGGUGCAUAUUUGCAGAAAUGCUCACUGGGAAGCCAUUGUUUCCUGGGAAAAAUGUUGUGCACCAAUUGGAUCUCAUGACUGAUUUGCUUGGGACUCCUCCUCCUGAGUCCAUUGCAAGGAUUCGAAAUGAAAAGGCUAAAAGGUAUCUUAAUAGCAUGAGGAAAAAACAACCAAUUCCAUUCUCCCAAAAAUUUCCAAAUGCAGAUCCAUUGGCUCUUCGUUUGCUGGAGCGCCUACUUGCAUUUGAUCCAAAAGAUCGUCCAUCAGCUGAAGAGGCAUUAUCUGAUCCUUACUUCACUGGCUUGGCGAACAUGGACCGUGAACCAUCCACUCAACCCAUUUCAAAACUUGAGUUUGAAUUUGAGAGAAGGAAAUUGACCAAAGAUGAUGUUAGAGAGUUGAUUUAUCGAGAGAUUUUGGAGUAUCAUCCCCAGAUGCUCCAGGAGUAUCUUCGUGGUGGAGAUCAAACUAGCUUCAUGUAUCCAAGUGGGGUUGAUCGGUUCAAGCGACAGUUUGCACAUCUUGAGGAGCAUUAUGGCAAAGGUGAACGAAGCACUCCACCAUUGCAGAGACAGCAUGCCUCCUUACCUAGAGAGCGAGUUUGUGCUCCCAAGGAUGAAAGUAAACAAAACAACGAUUCUGAAAAGCCAAGUGGAUCAAAUCUUCAGCAGAGUCCUCCAGGUUCUGAUGAGACAGGUGCUCAAAAUGGAACCUCCAAACCAAACUACAGUGCACGUAGCUUGUUGAAGAGUGCCAGCAUUAGUGCUUCCAAGUGUGUAGUUUUGAAACAAAAUAAAGAUCCAGAGCAAGAGCCAAUUACGGAGGUAAAUGAUGAGGCAGUGGAUGGAGUGACAGGUGAGAUUGCUGCCCUCCAUGCUUGAUUAUAACUUUGGUGGUUUGAAGCACUACAUGCAAAUCCUCCUCGUUGUUAGUGCUAGGACUCAUUUAGUCAUGAACUGCCAUCUUGUAUUACUGUUGUAAUUAUUUAUUUUGUGUACGGAAAUGCAAUGUAUACUAGUCACAUUUUAUUAUGAAACUAAAAAGGAGACAAUGUUAGCAAAACAUGCUCUUCCCCUGUCGUUGGAGGCCUCAGAUACAACGCAUUCGACUCCGCUAAGAAACUGCAGGUUGUGCAGUUGUGGGUUUAUUAAAUUUUAUUUUAUUUUAAAAUAUUAAUUGUUAUGCAAUAAAUUGAAUGAUUGGGAUUCAUGCA